UUUAAAGUUAUUAUAAAGUUACAUAUAUUUGAAUGGACAUGUAUAUGAAUAUUACAUAUCCAUACAAAGUCUUAUGCAAUCAGCCAUAAACAGCUAUCCAUGCCCCAAAAUGUUCAAAAGCUGCUCUUAUACAAUCGAAAGCGCCUGCAGUAUUUUUUUCUGCUCCUCACAACUUGAGUCAAAACACAUAGACGGAUGUGUCCUUAGUGAAGUUGAACAUAUAAAAUUCCGGGGGCAACAUUAACGCAUUUGAUGACUUGUCUCCAGCGCAUUUACGCAAUGAAUGAUCGCGCUUACGUGCGAACGAAAUCAAUGUUAAAGGCGGGGCGACAACAGAUCACAUAAAUGCAUGCACUGUGGAGCACAUAAAAGGGUGCAAGGCUGUCGAGAUGGUUUAUUUGCGCCAAAACUUUUAACUGAGACGUAUAACGGUGUUGCGCGCUCAAGUGCCAAAGCUCCCUCCAUUCAGGACCAUGGAGAGCUCCAGUCUGAGGACGCGCAUGGCUGUGUGCGCGCUGCUGCUCUGCUUGUUGACCGGAGCCAGGGCGAACGACUCUGAGCCGGAGACAGAGGUGGAACUGGACACGAGAGCCAUCAGAGACUUUUACCCCAAAGACCCAAACCUGACAAGUGAAAAACAACUUCUCGGGGCUCUGCAAGAAGUUCUGGAAAAGCUGCAGACGAAACGAAUUCCACCUUGGGAGAAGAAAUUUGGUCAAGUCCCCAUGUGUGAUUUGGGGGAGCAGUGCGCGAUCAGAAAAGGCUCUCGAAUCGGAAAGAUGUGCGAUUGUCCGCGCGGAGCUCUCUGCAACUUUUUCUUGUUAAAGUGUUUGUGAUGGAAACAUACAUUUCGGAAUGGAUUGUAAUGAGAUUGAGGGAAUCCAUAUGCAUUAUAUAUCAUAAAUAACUACAAUUUUAUUUAUAUUAAUAUUUUUUUAAGUGAAGAGACUGAAGACACUGACGCAAAGUUGUAAAGAAAUUGUUCUUCAAAUAUUUGUGAUGUAAACAUGUGAUACUGUCAUAUUUAAUGUUAAUCUGCUGUUUUGUGCAUUAAAGUGCAAACUUGUUUUGUAAAA